GAGGAAAGAAGGCAACAAAGAGAGCCUCCAUAUUCUUGUGCAAGACUCCGCCUAAUGUCCACUACUUUUUGUUGAGUUUUUAAAAAAUCUCCAUUCUGGCUGGAAGGGAGUCUCUGAGGUAAACUUCUUAAAGUCACACAGGAUCUCAGGACGAUGUCCUCGUCCCAGCCAAGAAACACAGAGCCAGGCCAGCUGAGACUGCACCAGCCCUUCACCUUCUGUGACCUGGAGGCUGUAGCGGUGGUGACGAUACUGCUGGGACUGUUUCAGGUUCUUCUGGCUCUGCCACUGUACUACAUAGACAUCAGCCUGCCCCUGCUCUACCUGCUCCCCCUCUGUGUCGGCGCUAUGUUUGUGACGGCUGGCUCAUACACCAUGGCGUGCGAGAGGUCACCAAGCAGAGAACUGAUGAAAGGUUGCGCCUACACUAACGUGGCUGGCCUGGUGGGGGCGCUGUGUGCCCUCUGUGUGUACAGUGUCUCCAUUCACUCUGUGCCCACUUUCGAAACCAGCUGCGACAUGGACGUAUACUCAUCUCCACACGACGUCUCACUUCAUAUGUGCCCAGGCCAGCAGCUGAGCGUGUUUUUCGGGACCAUUGCCACCUUGCUUCUGACCUACAGCAUCAUAGCGCUCAUCCUGCACUCGCUCCUCUCGUUUUCUGCUUUCAAAGGACUCAAAUCAAACUGAGCAGCAGGCGGACGGUCAGAGAGGCUUUCACACACACACACACACUCACACACGCACACACACAUACACACACACAAAAAAAUGAACUCACAGUGAAGAACGAAUAACCUCCCUCAAGUGCUCAAAUGUCUUAGUUUUAUAUG